AGUGGUUUCCAUGGUGAUGGAGCUGAAAGUGCAGGAAAUUUAAAGGCUUGGACGCUGCGAGACAGACAAACCGGUGCCAACGUGCGCGGACGCCGCCGCCGCCGCCGCCGCUGGAGUCCGCCGGGCAGAGCCGGCCGCGGAGCCCCGAGCAGGCGGAGGGAAGUGCCCCUAGGACCCGCUGGGCCAGCGGCGCUGCACAGAGCGGCAGGACGACGAGCAGAGAGAGGAGGAGGAGGGGAGAGCGGCUCGUCCACGCGCCCUGCGCCGCCGCCGGCCCGGGAAGGCAGCGAGGAGCCGGCGCCCCCCGCGCCCGCCGUCGCCCUGGAGUAAUUUCGGAUGCCCCGCCGCGGCCGCCUGCCCGCAUAGACCCGGGAGAGGAGUUGCGGCCAACUUGUGUGCCUUCUUUCCGCCCCGGUGGGAGCCGGCGCUGCGCGAAGGGCUCUCCCGGCGACUCAUGCUGCCGGCCCUGCGCCUGCCCAGCCUCGGGUGAGCCGCCUCCGGAGAGACGGGGGAGCGCGGCGGCGCCGCGGGCUCGGCGUGCUCUCCUCCGGGGACGCGGGACGAAGCAGCAGCCCCGGGCGCGCGCCGGAGGCAUGGAGCGCUGCCCCAGCCUGGGGGUCACCCUCUACGCCCUGGUGGUGGUCCUGGGGCUGCGGGCGGCACCGGCCGGCGGCCAGCACUAUCUCCACAUCCGCCCGGCUCCCAGCGACAACCUGCCCCUGGUGGACCUCAUCGAACACCCGGACCCUAUCUUUGACCCCAAAGAGAAGGAUCUGAACGAGACGCUGUUGCGCUCGCUGCUCGGGGGCCACUACGACCCGGGCUUCAUGGCCACCUCGCCCCCCGAGGACCGGCCCGGCGGGGGCGGGGGGGCGGCCGGGGGCGCCGAGGACCUGGCCGAGCUGGACCAGCUGCUGCGGCAGCGGCCGUCGGGGGCCAUGCCGAGCGAGAUCAAAGGGCUGGAGUUCUCCGAGGGCUUGGCCCCGGGCAAGAAGCAGCGCCUGAGCAAGAAGCUGCGGAGGAAGUUACAGAUGUGGCUGUGGUCGCAGACCUUCUGCCCGGUGUUGUACGCGUGGAACGACCUGGGCAGCCGCUUUUGGCCGCGCUACGUGAAGGUGGGCAGCUGCUUCAGUAAGCGCUCGUGCUCCGUGCCCGAGGGCAUGGUGUGCAAGCCGUCCAAGUCCGUGCACCUCACGGUGCUGCGGUGGCGCUGUCAGCGGCGCGGGGGCCAGCGCUGCGGCUGGAUUCCCAUCCAGUACCCCAUCAUUUCCGAGUGCAAGUGCUCGUGUUAGGACUCGGGGUCCCCUUCCCGCACCCGGACAACUGAUGAAACCCCACCGACGCCCUCCCCCCCCCCCCGCCCCCCGCACCGUCUCCAACCAGUCCACCACCCUCUCAAGAGGGGAUUCAAUGAACUUUUUUUUUUUUUUUCUGGCUACAGAGACCUAGCUUUCUGGUUCAUGUAAUGCACUGUUUAACUGUGUAGGAAUGUAUAUGUGUGUGUAUAUACGGUCCCAGUUUUAAUUUACUUAUUAAAAGGUCAGUAUUAUACGUUAAAAGUUACCGGCUUCUACUGUAUUUUUAAAAAAAAUAAGCAAAAGGAAAAAAAAGAACAGAGAAAAGAGAGACUUAUUCUGGUUGUUGCUAAUAAUGUUAACCUGCUAUUUAUAUUCCAGUGCCCUUCGCAUGGCGAAGCAGGGGGGAAAAGUUAUUUUUUCUUAAAGUACAAAGAGAGGGGAGAACUUUUGUAGAAGGACUUUUAAAAAGCUAUUUUCCAUUCUUCGGAAAGUGUUUUGGUUUUCCUUGGACCUCGAAGAAGCUAUAGAGUUCAAUGUUAUUUUACAGUUAUUGUAAAUAUAGAGAACAAAUGGAAUGACUAAUCAUUGUAAAUUAAGAGUAUCUGCUAUUUAUUCUUUAUAAUAUCCCAGUGUCUCUUAUACAC